UUUUUUUUCUUCUUUUUCUCCUUCCUCUUUCUUUCUUUUAUUCUUCUCUUGCAUAAAAGAAAUAAUAUUUUUAUAAAAAAAAAUGGCUGAUCUCGGUUUCGAUUUUCCCGAUGAUGACUAUCACCAAGACGCCGUGUUUGAUGAACAGCAACAAGAAGAAGAAGGAGAAGAUUCAAUAGAAUCUGAAGUAGUUCCUUUUGCUGACUUCUCUACUCAGAAUGAUUCACUAUUGAAAACUAUGGCAGAAGAACAAACUAUAGGAGAUGAGCUGGAGGAUGAACUAUUGGCAGAUGAGAAUAUGACACCUAUUGAACGUGUCUAUGGGUUUAGAGAAAAUGACGCCUUGGUAAACAGGAUUUUAUUAGCAAAAGAAUUGCCUAGAGCACUCGAGGAAAUUACGCUUUCAGAAGCCGUUGAAGAUGUGCUGCCUAUUAUGAACAGGUUGGCUGCUGACAAUGAUGACACAGUCAAAGAAACAUUCGCCAGCGAACUUGACCAAGCAUUAUUGUAUUUCUACAAGAAUGUACCCGCCAUGUUCUCAUCUUCAGACCCUAUUAAACCUCAAGAAAAGAGUUUUGCACCAUUGAUCAUUAGACUUUUGUUAGAUCAAAGCUCAGGUGUGGCUUCAUUGGGUCAACAAGCGAUUGUGUCUGUAGUAACAGAACUACGCACGUUAGCAGAUCAAAACCACUUGUAUCAACAAGUGAUCGAUUGCGAAAUAUUUAAGGGAGUCAUUGAAGGGCUCAUGAUGAUUGUAGACGGCAAAAAGAAAUCACCUCGUUUGCAAGACGAGGAAAACAACAUGGAUCCAGGUGCACAAAGAGACGAAGCACUGGAAUACCACCGUGUUUCUAUUGAUGAUGGACCUGCUUCCGAACGCCGCAGAUCUUCAAUUACACCAGGUUUCGAGACGUCUUUAAAUGUACAUCAUGCCUCUGCUUCCGAAGAUGAUUAUGAUCAAGGUGAAAUUAGCCUAGCUAAAAUCACCUGUAUUUCUUUGAUUGCGUCUAUUAUAGGUGCUUUUGAUCCUGAGAAAUGUACCAAAGAGUGUCUGCCAAUUAUUGAAAAGUUGGCUUCUGAUCCAUUAUUCUAUGCUCGAAAAGAAGCUGCUGCUGCUAUUGGCAGUAUGGCUAUGGUGGUUAAUACACAAGUAGCUGAAGAAAGAUUGCUUCCCUUGUUUCAUCAGUUUGCUAAAGAUCAAAUAUGGCAUGUACGUCGUUCAUGUGUCUUAACAUUACCUCAAAUUUGUGGUGUCUUGUCCGAGGAAACAAAAGCAGAACUUACUGUCAGCAGUAUUGAAAUCUUUGGAAAUGAUGUCUCUCGUAGUGUUCGCAGUGCCAUGGCUGAUAUUAUAGGUGAACUUGUGUCUAAAUUUCUACCCCCUGAUUGGGAACAGACAGGCAAACCAGGCAAUUUGCCUGAACCUCUUCUUCAAUACUUUUUAUCCCUUGGACACAACACCAACAGCAACAACAACCAAAUGCUUAAACUCGAAGUAGAUCGUACUUAUAUCUGUGCUUAUAACUUCCCCGCUGUUGUCUUGACAGCAGGUGUUGAUUAUUGGAAUAGCCAUUUGCGAGAGACCUACCUUAACCUGACCAAAGACUAUCAAAUCAAAGUGAGAUGUACAUUUGCACACUCACUUCAUGACAUUGCCCGCAUUAUUGGACCUGAAAGGACUGAGCGUGACCUGGUGCAGAUCUUUGCUCUCUAUCUGAUGGAUCUAGACGAUGUUAAGCAAGGUGUAUUAGAGCACUUGGCCGACUUCUUGGGUACUUUGGCCGUGAGUUCUCGAAAUGAGUAUAUUCCAAUUCUGAAUGAAGUUUGGGAUGGUGUAGUUACAAACUGGCAUUUAAGGAAUAUCUUGACAGCUCAAUUGACUGAUAUUUCAAUGCUAUUUGACGCUUCUCGUGUGGUAGAGCAUGUAUUGCCUCUUGUGGUUCGUGCUUGUCAUGAUGAAUUUGCUGCUGUAAGAGAAACAGGCGUAAGUGUGUUUCCUAUUGUCUUGGAUGUUGUAAAGCAAGCAGUAGAAGAAGACGGUGAUUCUCUAUCUCAAGCUGAAGGUUAUGGCGAUGAUAUUGCAGAAAACAAACGUAAUUACGCUCUAGCACUCUUGAGUCAUGUUAUGGAAAGACUUGAUGAAUUUGCCCGUUCAGAAAAAUACCGUGGAAGAUUAGUAUUUGCACAGAUUUGUAGAGCAUUGAUUGAGGCAGGCAUUGGUGCUUCUGACUUUGCGUCUUUCUUUUUACCUCGUCUAGCUCCUCUCGCUUAUGAUCCUGUUGUCAAUGUUCGAAUUGCUGCUUCAAAGACCAUUGGUACUAUUUACACAAAUGAACCUUUCCGUCGUGAAUUAAGCGAAAUUGCUGCCCCUUCUCGUACUGUUAAUCAAGACGGUGAAUCUGGGCAUGCACUAGAACAAAUGACGUACCGUUUUGCUUUAGACAAUGACAGCGAUGUCCGACAUUUUGUUAUGGCUUUUGUUGACAAAGAUAUGUUGGAGAAACAGCGUGAGAAAGAGCAAAAGGCAUCAGAAGCUUCUGUAUCCAAGCCAACAGAACAUACAAAUGAAGAGACGCCUGACAAUGAAGAUGAGGAUGAGGAUGAUGACGAUGAAGAUGAGGAUGAUGAUAAAGAAAAAGAUCAAUUGAGUUCAAUGGAAGAAUCUGUGUCACCAAAAGAAAAACCGAAGACAGAACCUAUGGAUAUUGCUUCUGAUGAAGACGAAAUCAUGUCUGAAGCAGAAGAUACUGCUAAAUCACCAUUACCCACAACAUCACCACUUACAACAACAGCUGUUGUCUUGCAAAAACAAGAUGACAAAGAGGACUAAUAAUAUAUAAUUCUUGUGUAUAGUUUUGUUUUCUUUUUCGUAUAUAUAUAUACAUUCUUUUUUCUUUUCUUUUUGCUGCUAUAAUACUUUUAUUUACUUUUUUUUUAUCCUUUCUGUAUUAUUUUAUUAUUUACUUUAUCCCCCUUUUUUUUUAAAAAAAAACAAUGUUACACAUUAAACAAAAAAGAAAAAAAA